UCCUUAAUUAAGGAACAAAAACAAACGUUCUUAUGGGACAGGUGUCGAUGAAAUAUCAUCUCUAUCUCAAAUCUAUCUACUCUAUUUCUCGUCUUCUUCAGACAAGAAACAAAAUUUGAUUUUCAAUCGAAAUGAGUUCAACUCUGUUUUGCUAUUCAAUCAAUCGAUCUCCAACGAAUACACCGGAAAAUUAAGGAGCCGUCGUCGGUCGGAGUAAAGGCGGAGACUUUAUCAGUGGAGGAGCAGAAGACACCGGAGAAGAAGAAGAGGAAGAAACCGAGGGUUCUGGUGGUGGGAGGUGGGAUCGGAGGUUUAGUGUUUGCUCUCGCGGCGAAGAAGAAAGGGUUCGAUGUGGUUGUGUUCGAGAAGGAUCUGAGUGCUAUAAGAGGAGAAGGACAUUACAGAGGUCCGAUUCAAAUACAGAGCAAUGCUUUGGCUGCUCUGGAGGCCAUUGAUGUUGAUGUUGCUGAAGAAGUUAUGGACAGUUGAUAUUGAAUCUGUUGGGUAUGUUGCACUUGGCCUUCUGUUUUGAUGUUCUGUUUUGUGUUAGAUGACGACGGCUUUUGCUAUUGAAGAUGUGAGGAGAGAAGUGAAGAUAUUGAGAGCUUUGUCUGGUGAUCUUUGUUGCUUUAGGCUAUGUGAAGGAGGAGAGCUUUUGGAUAGAAUACUCUCUAGAGGUGGCAAGUACAUAGAGGAAGAUGCAAAGACUAUUAUGAUCAGAUCUUGAAUGUGGUUGCCUUUUGUCAUCUCCAAAGUGUUGUACACUGUGAUCUCAAACCUGAGAACUUCUUUUUAUGCCUCAAAAGAAGACAGUUCUCAGUUAAAAGCAAUAGAUUUUGGUUUGUCAGAUUACGUGAGAGCAGAUGAGAGGCUCAAUGACAUUGUUGGCAGUGCUUACUACGUAGCACCUGAAGUUCUACAUAGAUCUUACAGCACAGAAGCUAACAAAACUUCUGAAAAAGCGCUUGGCCUUUUCUCUCCGGAUGAACUCAUCGGAUACCUUCUGUUCCAAACUAAUGAAUUGGUCUGAGUACAUGUAGCUGUCUUUCUAUAAUUUCUUGGUAGCCAUGACAAAAACAUGUGAUCUAUCUUAGGGUCUUUUUAUUACUUGUCAUACAAGUUGUGCAAUUUAAUUUACUAGGAAACAACUAAAAGUCCUACCAAUAAUCAACCCUUUUGAGAUUUGUCUUUA